AUGGGUUGGUUUGUAAACCUCCUGGACGGCGUCAAAUCGGCAGGCCAGUGGCUCAUCGACCACUCGGGGGAUAUUGCUCCUGUUCUCGGGGCUGUAGGCAAAGCAGCAAGUUACCUCCUCCCUUUGGACAAUAGCGUCCCUGAUUUUGCAGCUAGUGCUAUUAUUGCAAACCAGGACAAUGAAUCGGGCUCAAAACGGUUGGCCGACUUUCCUCAGAACUUUGCAUACGUCAGCGGUCGGCUGGCUGCCGCCGCAAAAGCGGGAGUCAAAGCCAUUCCAAAAAUGGCUGGCAAGACCAUCACGAUCGAUGACGGUCUAGUGGGCUUGUGGACAGAUCCCACUGGCCUAUCAUUCGAUGGGAAACCUUCUACAUCGAUGUAUCAGGAUCUUUCGGCUUUUAUGGGAACUAUGAGUAUCCCAGUCUUCUGGACGGAUGGCUCUGGAGUUGUUCAUGACACCGUCAACGACAUUGGUCAGAUAUUGUUUGCAAACAGUGGAUCACAGGAUCUCGCUGAGCUUGCUGGUAGUGACAGUCCUAUUGCCACAAUUAACGCAACAGUUCCGACUCAGGAUGGUUUCCUUUAUGCCUGCCACGUCUACUACCCGAUCCCAAUGGGCAAAGGCGGAGCGGAUACCUCGCUGCAUAGUGCUAUUCAUCUCAUCUACACUGCGAAUGCAGACAAGGUGACCGCGGCCGUAGCCCAAGACUAUCUCACAGUCAUCAACCCGCUGAGUGACCAAAACUCAUGGGUGGUGACAAUGAACAUUACCUGGGCCAGUGUUCCCAUCGCUGGAUUAGAGGAUGUCCAGACAGCGUUCGCGGACAUAUUCACCAAGGAGAACUCUGUACUCAAUCUCUUGGUUUCCAACGUCACUGGCACACUUCAGACCGUCAAAGUGCAAACUCCGGCUGAUAAGACUCCAGCCUACGCCAAAGCUGCCGUACAAGCUGCAGUGACUGCAGCCAUCAACGGCGGGUCAGCCAAGGAGAAUGUGCCCGCCAGCAGCACAGCUCAAGUCUGUAUUACCGAUUCCUCGUGGCUACCAAAGGUGUCGACGCCCUAG